UAAAAGCAAUGUCUUUUAUAAAUUUUCUCCGAAUUUCGAAGGGAUUAUUCAAAAAGGAUGUCAUCACCUUCCUGAUUCUACGACGUCAUGAUUUGAAUAUAAUCGAUGAGAAACUUCGCUACAUAGCGGUAAAACCGACAGCCUCUAUAUCACAACUAAGACAUAAAGUAUGGUAUCUUCUUGAUUUACCGGAUUACUGUGACGAAAUUAUAAUACUGAAAUCUGAAAGCGGUCGAGAAUUACCGUUGACAGAUCUUCGAAAAGGAAACGACCCGCAGCACCCAUACAUUUUGGAAGUAUGGCUUCCUAACAAAAUUAUAUCCUCAGGAUUGCUAAAUAACAUGAUAACCAUGGGUAAUAAAAGUGUAAAUGGAGACAAUUAUGAACCACCAGACACCGUGUUCGAGGAAAAAAUUAAAGACGAUUAUAAAGAAAAAGGCAUUGAAGACGAAUUUUCACAUACUACGAUCAUCAACGAAGCAAUAGCGCUUAAUAAAUUUCGAGUAAAGGAGAAUCACCAAAUGAUUAAAAACAAAGAAUGUGAAAAGAAGACAGACUUAACUUGCAAAAUUUCAACUUCGUCAAUAUUCUUUAAGCUCCACGGAAGAAAAAGCAGAGACAACUUCGCAAAUAUUUUAUUAAAAAUACAAAAUGAUCUCACGACUUUAACUAAUAAACUGUCGGAUUUGGAAAACCGGAUACAAUUAUAACGUAAGUUACCAAGAUGUUUAAAAAAAAAUAAAAACUUAUGCCAAAAAUA